CUUGGCUCUACUGUCGGCUAUGCCAUUCGAUUCGAGGAUUGCACUAGUGCAGAGACGAAGAUCAAGUACAUGACCGAUGGUGUCUUGCUGCGCGAGUCUCUCAAUGAAGGCGAUCUCGAUCGGUACAGCGUCAUCAUCCUCGACGAGGCACACGAGCGCUCGUUGAGUACCGACGUCUUGAUGGGUCUCUUGCGGAAAGUCCUCACCAGGCGAAGGGACCUCAAACUCAUCGUCACCUCUGCUACCAUGAACGCCGAGAAGUUCUCCAGCUUUUACGGCAACGCACCUACCUUCACCAUUCCUGGACGAACCUUCCCUGUUGAGACCUUCCACUCUAAGGUUCCCUGCGAGGAUUACGUCGACUCCGCCGUCAAGCAAAUUCUCCAGAUCCACCUUUCCCUCCCGCCUGGCGACAUCCUUGUCUUCAUGACCGGCCAGGAGGACAUCGAAGUCACCUGUCAGGUGGUCAAUGAACGUCUCGAGCAGCUCAAUGAGCCUCCCGCCCUUGCCGUCCUCCCUAUCUACUCCCAGAUGCCCGCCGACCUGCAAGCAAAGAUCUUCCAACCGACGGCGGACGGCCGACGGAAGGUCAUCGUGGCGACCAAUAUUGCGGAGACGUCGUUGACGGUGGACGGUAUCUUGUACGUUGUGGACGCCGGGUACUGCAAGUUGAAGGUAUACAACCCGAAAGUCGGCAUGGACGCGCUGCAGAUCACGCCGAUCAGUCAAGCGAACGCGAACCAGCGGACGGGUCGUGCUGGCCGUACAGGCAGCGGUUUCUGCUAUCGUCUUUAUACGGAGACUGCCUAUCGUAACGAGCUCUUCGAGAGCACUAUCCCCGAGAUUCAGCGCACCAACCUCGCCAAUACUGUCUUAUUGCUCAAGUCUCUUGGUGUCAAGAACUUGCUUGAGUUUGAUUUCAUGGACCCGCCGCCACAGGCCAACAUCCUGAACUCGAUGUACCAGCUCUGGGUGCUUGGCGCACUUGACAACGUCGGUGACCUGACGCCCGUCGGCCGGAAGAUGAGCGAGUUCCCGAUGGAGCCUUCGAUGGCGAAGAUGCUCAUCGCGUCGGUCGAGUACAAGUGCUCGGCGGAAAUGUUGACUAUCGUGUCGAUGCUAUCCGUGCCGAGUGUGUUCUACCGUCCAAAGGAGCGGAUGGAGGAGGCGGAUGCGGCGAGGGAGAAGUUCAACGUGCCGGAGAGCGAUCACUUGACGCUGUUGAACGUGUUCAACCAGUGGAAGAGUCAUGCAUUCCGCGACGAGUGGGCGAUGCGUCAUUUCCUGCAUCCCAAGCUUCUGCGUAAGGCUCGUGAGGUCCGCGUCCAGUUGGAGGACAUCAUGAAGUUCCAGAAGAUGGCCGUCAUCUCGGCCGGAACGGACUUCGACGUCGUCAGGAAAGCCAUUACCGCGGGAUACUUCCACCAAGCUGCCCGCGUCAAGGGUAUCGGCGAGUUCGUGAACAUACGAACGGGCUUGCCAACACAUCUGCACCCAACAAGCGCCUUGUAUGGGCUUGGAUACACGCCAUCCUACGUCGUUUAUCACGAGCUCAUUUUGACGUCCAAAGAGUACAUGACGCAGGUUACCGCCAUCGACCCGUACUGGCUGGCUGAGCUUGGUUCCGUCUUCUACUCCGUCAAGGAGAAGAACUUCGACGAGCGCGGCAAUCGGCGCAUGGCGGACCGCGAGUUCUCCCGUCGCGCAGAGCUCGAGACGGAGAUGGCGAGGCAAAGGGAAGAGACGGCCAAGCAACAGCAGGAGGAAGCGAUCGUCGCGCAGACUAGCAAGAGUGCUACCAAGAUCAUAGUCCCUGGGACACCGAGGCACACGGGCAUUGGUGCUGGUGCGCGCGUGACGGCGACGCCGAGGAGGAAACUUGGCCUGUAGAGGUUUUGGAUACGAUGUCGUUUGUCCUGAGGAUGGCAUUAUAGAAGGACGAUAUCCCUAGCCAGGCCAAAUGCGUCAUGUACUGCUAAACGGCCUUUAUUUGGGCUGCUCACCUUCCCAAUGCGUAAGAUGACGAGGCGCGGCCAUAAAGAGGUA